AUGCCUAUGCAGGGGCGCCCAGCAUUAGCACACCGCACGAUUGCGCAGAUCGGCCGCACUGUGUUAAUCAAUCUCAAUCACCGGUCGGGAGGAUCAUCUCAUGAAUCUGCUACGCUGAGCCUCCUACUCUCCUGCUCAGCGAUCUACAAUGAACUCUCUCAACACAUUUACUCAAAUUGCCAGAUCGUCAUACGGGCUAGAGACGACAGUAGCCUGAGUGCUCUGAGCAGGUUGCGUCCCAGUACGAUCCACGCAUUGAGACGGCUUACUAUUGAUCUAAAUGCGACGUCGUGUGGCUCCGGCUGGUGGUGUGAUGAUGAGCAAGAUCCGGAUUUUCGACAAGAAUCACAGGAUCUGAAAGGCGAAGAGGAUCUUACUAUCGAAGAGGAGCCGGACCCGCUCGAGCUAAAGAUACUCGAACCACGUGAGGUAACCCGGCGAACAUCUGAAUUGCUAUGCGAGACCGAGCGAGCCGACAAUGAGCCCAACGAUGCCGAUUUAAGUCUCUCCUCAAUCAUUGACUACUCUCGGUCACAACCGCUCACCGUGACAAACCAAAUCCACACGGCUGUCUUGCGAAAUUGGCAUCGGGUCUGGACUGAAAACGUCCGGCCAAACUUGCAGCCUGCAACCCUGGAGCUGGACUUUUCUUGCGACGUGGCUGACGUGGAAACCGGGCAGCUCGCUUUGGAGCCUUUCCUUGCAGAGAUCCGGCCCUGUCUAGCGAGAUGCAACAUUAGACUUGCCCGUCGCAAGAUCGAAGCGCUUCGAAGAAUUGCCCGUUCAGCCGUUGAGCGUGUAGUAUGCCCAGCUGAACCCUCCAAGGUAGAGUUGGGCCCUCCUAUACAGCAGCUUCGAUGCCAGAAGACCCGAACUUCAUUUAUGGACCUUCCCGCUGAGAUUCGCCAACACAUAUUCGAAUACACUGAUCUUGUAGUUCCUGAUAGCGAGGUAGAGUGGAGCCCGUACCGUGGCUGGUACAUCAGACGUGGCGAGCCAUGGCAGGACGAGCAAAGCUCAGAAUAUCUCUCCCACCUCCAUCCGAUUGCUAAGGACAGGAGUAUGACCACCGACGAUGCUUUCGGAUAUAGAAAAAAUGACCUCGAACGCGCACAUUGUUUGGAGAAGCUUGGCGGUCGAGGUUGCUUCUGUAAAAGUCGGCACACAGUAUACUCGAGCUAUAGCAAGCUGAAAUGCUGGGCACCGCCGACACCUCUGUUCCUAAUCUGCUCUAUCCUCCGACAAGACGCAUUACAAAUCUUCUACAGCCGAAAUCGUAUAGUAGUCUGGCCUUGCGAAUCGAUAUGCUGGGUUAGUCUUCUGCCGAAUCCUCUAGAUCGGCUGCAUAUUUCGACUUUCCUCACGGAUAUAGUCCCAAGGGAUGCGCUCUGCCACCUACGCUAUCUUGAAAUCGUCUUCGACAUGCCUGACCAUCGGGCAGUGAGCGACGGAGCAUUGCUGGAUUGGUGUUCCGCAGGUAGCACUGCGCUUAUAGACUGGGAAUUGGCGAUUGGAGGAAUCACGAAACACGUUGUGUCAUCGAAUAUGUCGAUCACGGUUGUUAUCCCUGGCGACCUGGACUCAUACUUAUACCCACAUUCUCCAGAUGAAGGUACCGAGCCCUCUGAGGAUGAGUUACAGCGCCGGAAACGAUGCAUUUACAACGCGUUGUUGCCUCUGCAGCGAUUGGGCCCAUUGAAGCACCUGCAAAUUGAUAUCUGGGGAUAUCCUAGCGGCUGGGAGAUCGUGGAAAUGAUUAUGGGUCCUUUAUAUGAGCCCCCAAGGGAUUAUACAUAUGAAUCGGCUGAGAUCCCAGUACCAUUAUUCGCGCGAAGAGGGCGUUGGCUUACGGACUCGCAGAGAUUUGUAUGA